CAGCUGGCACCUCCAUCAACAGCCAGGGAGAGUCCCGAACCCACAGCGCCACCGAAACAGCAUCAUCGCGACAUCUCGUGCAUCGCCGAAAACGAUAUAGGCGAAACGAAUCAAGUAUUAGGCUUUUUAUGAAGUUGAGGCUUGUGUGUUGACGGUUGAAGGGAACGGAUUUAUCCUGUAUUUAUUUACCUAUUUAUGUAUUUAUUUUGUUCUUUCCCAACGGAUAUGGAAUGCUUCCAUUAAUGGCUGGGGUCCAUGGCUACUGAGCGGCAGGUGCAUCGUUGAGGACAUACUUUUUCUCAUUCGAUAUGGAUUUAACUACGGUCAAUACACUGGUCGGUAAGAACCGAACCUGUUACGGGGAUUGGAUGCUGCUGUGGCGAGGAGGAUUGUAGCUGGGUGCGUCGUUUUGUCCUCGAGGCUGCGGUGCAGCAGUAGUGGUGGUCGGGGAGGGCGGUCUCUCCCCUUGCAAAAAAUACAUAUAUUUAUCUAUUUAAUGUGAAUAAACAUGUAUCAAUACGUUUUAGUCGUUUAAUGUUAAAUUAUUAAACAAACGGCCAAACAUGGAUUGACUUAUCAUCCAAAUUAUGAUCUUUUAAAUCGUUUGAAAUAUGGAAUGACACAUGAGAAAAAGGACUUCGGAUUGUAAUUUCAGUGCCUAGUGAUUUCUCUUUUACUGAAGGCCUAUCUAAGUAGACUAACAUUAUCGCACAUCUGGGAUUGGACCCAGACCUAAUUUAGUCAAGAUGAUGGAAAUCGACGAGGUUGUCUAUCAGGACGACUAUGGCUCUGUGUCCGUUAUGUCAGAGCGGGUCUCAGGCCUGGCCAACAGCAUCUAUCGGGAGUUCGAGCGUCUCAUUCGCAGUUAUGACGAGGAGGUGGUCAAGGAGCUCAUGCCACUGGUGGUGAACGUUCUGGAGAAUCUAGACUCGGUUCUAACCGAGAACCAGGAGCAUGAGGUGGAGCUCGAGCUGCUGAAGGAGGACAACGAGCAGCUCAUCACCCAGUACGAGCGCGAGAAGGCGCUGCGCAAGCAGGCAGAGGAGAAAUUCAUAGAGUUUGAGGAUGCAUUGGAAGCGGAUAAAAAGGACCUGCAGAAUCAUGUGGAGAUCCUGGAACUUCAGGGAAAACAACUGGAGCUUAAGACCAAGAACUACUCUGACCAGAUCAUGCGUUUGGAGGAGCGUGAGUCAGACAUGAAGAAGGAGUACAACGCUCUGCACCAGCGACACACAGAGAUGAUUCAGACGUACAUGGAGCAUCUUGAGAGAUCCAAGAUGCAACAAGCAGGGAGCAACACCCAAUCAGAAGGGCCAGGCAGUGGACGAACUCAACGCCACACGUGGAGGAAAAGCAGCAAAGCGGAUCGCCCCCCAUCGUUGAGCUUGUACCCCAGUGGAGAGGGGAUGGGCAUGGGGAUGGAGGAUGGCUCAGAAUCGGACUCUGUGGCGGCUACACCCAGUAGCACAGGAAGUAAGUCCAACACGCCCACAUCCUCCGUUCCAUCCGCCACCGUCACACCCCUCAAUGAGGGCUUCUUUCCACCCUCUGAAUUUGAACCGGUGCAUCCUGGGAACCGUGGCCAGAAGAACGGCAAACGCUUCAGCAGAAACAUGGAGGUACAGGUCUCCCAGGAAACCAGGAAUGUCAGCAUUGGUAUGGGUAGCAGCGAUGAAUGGUCAGAAUUCCAAGAGAUCAUCGAUUCCACCCCGGAGAUAGACAUGUGUGUGGAUCCUCGCAUCUACGGGGGAGGAAACAGUCCUUCCCAAGGCAUUGUGAAUGAAGCGUUCGGUAUCAACACCGACUCUCUCUACCAUGAGAUCAAGGAUGCCAAAUCGGACAUCAUCGGAGAUGUGGACGCUGGGGCAGAGCUUCUAGGGGAGUUCUCAGUCCGUGAUGAUUUUUUCGGUAUGGGUAAGGAGGUGGAGAAUCUUUUGACGGAAAACAAACAGCUUCUGGAGACCAAAAAUGCUUUGAAUAUUGUGAAAAACGACUUGAUAGCCAAAGUGGAUGAACUCUCUGGGGAGCACGAGGUUCUCAGAGAGGAAUUGGAAGCCCUGAGGAGUGCCAAGAACAAAGUAGAUGCCAAGGUUAAAGAACUGGAGGAGGAGCUCAAGAGGUUAAGAGCUGAGGCUCUCACUCUGGGAGCAUCACAGGACUCCAAGGAUGAAGUUGGUGAUGACUAUUCAUCUCCGAUGGUGGAUGGGGAUGUUACCAUGACGCAGCGUAGGCGUUUUACACGCGUGGAAAUGGCAAGGGUGCUGAUGGAGAGGAACCAGUACAAGGAGAGGCUGAUGGAGCUCCAAGAGGCCGUCCGGUGGACAGAGAUGAUCAGGGCCUCCAGGGAGAGUCCUCAGAUGCAAGAGAAGAAGAAAUCUACCAUAUGGCAGUUUUUCGCCCGUCUGUUCAGUUCCUCGGCCAGUCCUCCACCAGUCAAGCGUCCGUAUUACAGCGUUAACAUCCACUACAAGUCUCCAACGCCUGCAGGCUUCCCACAGAGACGCAGCCACACCAUGUGUCAGAUCUCCACCUCCAACCGAACCUUGGAGUUCUUCCCUGAAGAACUGGCCAGUAAUGGUGUUGCGUCUCUCCUCAGCGACUCGGCGCUGUCAGCUCGUCGCGAGCAGCGCCGCGAACAGUACCGGCAGGUCCGAGAGCACAUGCGCCGGGACGACGGCAUCAUGCAGGCCUGCGGCUGGAGCGUACCGCCACGCUUCAAGCAGACUGGAGCUCAGCUCGACAGUGCCCUUGAAGGCCCACUGAAGAAACAACAGGCCAACGAGAAGGAGGACAACCGGAUGAAGAAUGUUCCUGUUCCUGUGUACUGUCGCCCCUUGGUAGAGAAAGAUCCCAACAGGAAGCUUUGGUGUGCGGCAGGCGUGGAUCUCACAGGAUGGAAGGCGUUCACUCAAGAAGGGAUGUCAGCGAAGGCUGCACCUGGCAACAGCUCUACUGAUCCUCUGGCCAUAGAGGGAGAAGGAGACAGCAGGAGCAACCAUAGCUCACCUGAGAAGAGGAAGUCUAAGGAGCUCCAUGAAACAGAUUCUAUAAGUAGCAGAGUCUGGAUCCUGACCAGCACACACUCAGCAAGCAAGGUGGUAAUUAUCGAUGCCAACCAGCCUGGCUCACUGGUCGACCAGUUUAACGUCUGCAAUGCCCAUGUGUUGUGCAUCUCCAGCGUACCAGCGGCCAGUGAGAGUGACUAUCCAGCAGGUGAGAUCAUGCUGGACUCUGGGGACGGUGGUGGCAGUGAGGAGACUGGUGGGGUGGAGGGCAUGCUAGCGGGCAUUACCCUGGUGGGCUGUGCCACCAACUGUAGCGUGGUCCGGAGCAACUGCUCUUCGCGCACCGACACGCCCAUUCUGGACCGGGGACAAGCCCCUGUGGCACCACCAAUCAGUGCAAAGCUGCAUCCGACUCAGUCCGCAGAAGAGGCCACAGAAGCCACAGAAGUGGCAGAGCCGACAGUCAGCGAAACAGAUGGGACCUCAGGACCUUCAGGGCCCUUCAUGGAGCACGUCUUCACAGACCCCCAGCCUCGGAUAGCUGACACUGGUCAAUAUGAUCGAUGUGCAGUCCAGUCGAAAGAGGAGUCUAACUCUCCUCCACAGGAGACGGAAGAUGGAAGCGACGACCCCAAAGCUGGCACCAGCAUUGCCCCCACCAUGUGGCUGGGAGCACAAAAUGGCUGGCUUUACGUCCAUUCAGCAGUGGCCAACUGGAAGAAGUGUCUACAUUCUAUAAAACUGAAGGACUCUGUGCUGAGUUUAGUGCACGUGAAGGGUCGUGUGCUGGUGGCUCUGGCAGAUGGAACACUUGCCAUCUUCCACAGAUCAGAGGACGGACAGUGGGACCUGUCUAACUACCACCUGAUGGAUCUGGGUAGACCACAUCACUCCAUCCGCUGCAUGGCCGUGGUACAUGACAAAGUGUGGUGCGGCUACAAGAACAAGAUCCACGUGAUCCAACCAAAGAGCAUGCAGAUAGAGAAGUCCUUUGAAGCACACCCUCGCCGGGAGAGCCAGGUGAGGCAGCUAGCAUGGAUCGGGGACGGCGUGUGGGUGUCGAUCCGUCUGGACUCCACCCUGCGUCUCUACCACGCCCUCACACACCAGCACCUGCAAGACGUCGACAUCGAACCCUACGUCAGCAAAAUGCUGGGUACUGGCAAGCUGGGCUUCUCCUUUGUUCGAAUCACAGCCCUUCUGAUUGGUGGCAACCGCCUGUGGGUGGGGACUGGGAACGGUGUGGUAAUUUCCAUUCCACUCACAGAGACGGUAGUCCUUCAUCGGGGGCAGCUCCUAGGUCUGAGGGCCAAUAAGGUGUCUCCCACGUCCUCCGGGGGUGUGGCCGGGGGCGUGAUCCAUGUAUAUGCAGAUGACAACCCAGAGAAGAGCAGCGGCAGCUUCAUCCCUUAUUGCUCCAUGGCGCAGGCUCAGCUUUGUUUCCAUGGACACCGUGACGCUGUCAAGUUCUUUGUCUCAGUGCCCGGCAAUGUUUUGGCCACCCUGAAUGGCAGUGUGCUGGACAGUCCAUCAGAAGGUCAGGGGUCCUCAGGACCACCUGAUGUUGAGGCUCAGAGUGUACAAAACGUCCUGGUGCUGAGUGGCGGGGAGGGAUACAUUGACUUCCGUAUUGGGGAUGGCGAGGACGACGAGACAGAAGAAGUGGAGGAGCCGGGCGUAGCCCCACAGAUGAAGCCUGCAGUGUGCAAAGCCGAGCGGAGCCAUAUCAUUGUGUGGCAGGUGUCCUACGUCCCCGAGUGACCCUCCCGCCCGAGCCUUGAGGUUCAUCGUGCACCCUUCCAAGCCCUGUCCCCUUACACGCCCAUAUUCUCUGUAUCUACCCCCAAUAAUGAUGUAACUAUCCCUCCCCAGGCACGACAAGGACACCUCUGACUUGUAUGUACUAUUACUCCCUUAACUAUCGAUAAACCCUGUGCCCUCCUGUAACUACCUAUUGCCUUGUAAUUAUCACUCUGUGAGUACAGUAAUGUUCUAAAGACCUUGACUAUGACCAUCCCCUCCCCUCCAUGCCUCACCCCGUUUCCAUCCAAUCCUCCCAACACCAGUGUAACUAUCUCCCCCACUGUGAGCCUUGUAAACACCCCCUGACUCCUAACUACCUCCCCGACCCAAAGCUUGAAGCGCGUCCGAAAUGAUGCCUUAGUUCCCUACAUUGUGCAGUGCUUUUGUUCAUAGGGCUCCGUUAAAAGCAGGGCACUGUAGAGGAUGUUGGUGUCAUUUAGGGUGCAGACUAUUUAUUUCCCUUGUAAGCACAUCUGUAUCUCAUCUCUAUUGACGUUUGACCCUGGAUGGCCUGCAUCUGCCCCAAGUUACGCCCUCGUACCCCACGGGACCCCAACCCCCCACCCUCGCCUUGAACACCUGCAUCUUGCCAAUGAGAACAGGAACAUGAAAGACUACUGAGUAAUAUGACCCCUCCAGAAAUUACCUGAGUGGUAACAGGAACUAGUAAUCCAAUAACUAUUUAUGCUAUGACUUACUAAGACGCAUGUCCACAAUCAGCUAUCAGCUCACUGCACCAUGCUGAAAACAGAACAGUGAUUUGUCGAGAGGGAUUCAGAGAUAAGCAGCUAAUUGGUCUGAGUGACGCGGACAUUUACAGCUCAUUGGUCAGUUGAUUUUGGAGGGAGAAAUAGAGAUGGUUGAUGGGUUUGGUCCGGAUGGUUUUACCUCAGUUUAGUUAUGAGUUGAGAAGUUGUUUAAUGCAUUGGUGGGUGGGAAACAGUAUCAUGUAAAUACAGUGAGGUUUGUUUCUGAUCCAGGGUGAGGGUCUCAGACAGAGUGAUGCUCUAUUCCCUAUAUAGCAUUACUUUACCAAAGACCUAUGGGUCCUGGUCAAGAAUAGUGCUCUUUAUAGGGAACCAGUAAAGCCGUUGAUACAGGCAAAGAAGCAGUUCUGUGUUGGCAUCAGAUGAUGAUGGUAGUGGUCAAAAUGGAUUUAACUGAUUGUUGUUAAAGCAAAUUUCCAGACGGCCUUACAGUAAGGAAAGGGGGAUGUUCAGAAGCACCAAAUCCUGUAUGCACAGAGGGCACAUUUUGACUUAUUUACCUACAAAUAAUAAACGUUUUUUUAUGAUCCUAGUCAAUUAGUAGUUCGGUCAGUCAUCAACAGCCUGUGUUGAUAGCUGGAGACAUGGCCAAUAUCUUGGGGUGAGAAAUUGACCAAUGAAGAGGUGGGUGUUUUUUUGGCCUGGUUGUAAAAAAAAAAAAAACAUCCAGUUCUCUCAGGUCUGUCAACACCAAAGUUUUUUUAAGAGGCUAAGGACUGAAACAGAACUAUGCCAAAUAAUGGAGGAGACCAAUAGCGGAGGAAGAGGAGACCAAAAAAAAAAAGGUCAGGCGAGCUGAGAGCUGAUUGGUUCAUAACUUAUUCAUCACCCGCCCAUUAAACCUGGAUUAGUAGACUGAUGGUUAAACAAUAAGGCUUGUGAGUGUGGCCUGUUUUGACAGCCCUACAGACAUGCUCAACCCCCCAUGUUCAGUAUGUAUUCAUAUGUUGAUCUCUUCAUCUGUGUGGAUUAAAUAUUAAACAUUUGUGCCGUC